AUGGGUUUUCUUCUAACAGACUCCGAACAAAAGCUGUUGUGUCUCAAGUUUCUGAUCAAACACGCAUUAUCCAAGAUCGGCGCUAAAGCCACCGGAACUAUAUCGCCGUCACAGCUCUUCCAAGUCGUCGAAGCCGCCGCUAAAACCGGUGCCGAGGUUGUAAUGGAAGCUGUGAAUAAGCCAAGGAAUAUCACUUAUAAGGGUCUUAGUGACUUAGUUACUGACACUGAUAAAGCAAGUGAGGCUGCGAUUUUGGAGGUAGUGAAAAGAAUUUCAGUGAUCAUCUUAUUCUUGGUGAAGAAGGAGAGUUUGUUGGUGGUCCGAUGUGCUGGAACACUUGAACCUUUUCUGCUACUGCAGGUGGUGGAGCGUUGUGUAAUGGGCAAAAAAUUCAUGUCAGUAAUACCGAUGCUGUUGAGAGAGCCCUUCUUAUCACAGGAUUUGGAUAUGAACAUGAGUACAAACAUGGAAUUAUUCAAAGAGUUCACUGAUGUGAGCCGGGGAGUGCAAAGUCUCGGUGCUGCAGCAGUUGACAUGUGUCACGUGGCACUCGGGAUUGCGGAAUCAUAUCGGGAGUACGGUUUAAAGACAUGGGACAUGGCUGCUGGUUUGCUUAUAGUUGAGGAAGCUGGAGGAGCCGUGACCCGAAUGGAUGGAGGGAAGUUUUCCGUGUUCGAUAGAUCUGUUUUGGUGUCCAACGGCGUUAUUCACUCUAAGCUUCUGGAGAGAAUCGCACCCGCAACUGAGAACUUGAAGACGAAAGGAAUCGAUUUCUCACUGUGGUGUAAACCGGAAGAUUAUCACACAGAACUUUAA